AUGGGCAGCAAUACGCAGCUGAACCAAACCUGUAACCUACGGUGGCCCGUCGUCUCAUUUAAAUACAUCGCCAUCAACAUCACCGAAUCGGAUUCACACGUGGACCUGGUUCUGGAAAGACGAGGAUAUCUGGGGCCGACGUCAACGGCAGCGUUGGAAGCGGAAGGGCUGAGAGCAGACCUCGAAGAAGACUUGACUCCAAUGAAGAGGGUGCAGGUUUUCUUCGGCCCCGGUGAAUCGGAGGCCAUCUACCGGAUCAAAAUCAAUGACAAUCUCAUUCGAGAGGGAAUCGAAGACUUCAUCGUCCGAAUCUCCUGGGUUUCUCAAGCCGUUAUCGGACACCCCAACUCUUCCAUCGUGUACAUCGAUGACCCAGAGGACGAAUGCGUUUUGGAGUUUUCCGACACGAGUAUCGAAGUGGAAGAGGAUCAAGAAGAGGCUCUGCUGUGGAUUCAAAGAUAUGGGGACAUUUCCAAGCCGGCCGAUGUAUCGUGCAUCACGCAAUCUGGAGGUUCGACGGAAGCGAUGGCCCUGUCCGACCUAGAUUACGAACCAAGAAACACAUCGGAUCGAAUUCUGUUUAUUGAGAAUCAAAGAGAGGCCCCAUGUCGCGUGGCCAUCGUGGAUGACGAGAAAUAUGAAGAAAAGGAGGCUUUUCAUGUCACUUUAUCCAAUUCCUCUGGGUGCAGAAUAGGAACGAGGACCACCUCGAAGGUUUUCAUCAAGCCGGAUCUCCGAGAUGUGCCAAGAUUUUCCUUCGAAAAGGAGUUGUACGAAGUGGAGGAAGGGAUGAGUUCCGUGGAGAUCAUGGUGAAGAGAGAAGGACCAGACUUGAGUCAAAAGGCACAAGUAGUCGUCAUGUCCCAGCCCGCAGUCGAAUCAGCCGCAAAAGUUGGAGAGGAUUACAUCGAAGUGGAAGAGAAGCUGGUGUUCCGGGAGGGAGAGGAUCGGCGGAGUGUUACCCUGACUUUGUUAGACGACGCGGGGAGACCGAGUGUUGAAGGAAGGGAAGUCCUUCACCUGGUCCUGAGGAGUCCCUUGGGAGGGCUUCUGGGACGUUUCCCAUCAACAACCCUCGCCAUUGAAGACACCCGCCAAGACGCACCUGUGUUCAGCUUCGUAAGCCCUGCAUUGAGAGUGGAAGAGGACUCGAGCGAAGUGUCAGCAGUAGUUUUCAGACAAGGGGAUUUAAACACGGAAGCCUCAGUCAUGUGCUUUUCCAUUCCCGGAUCAGCCCAGCAUCCACUCGAUUAUCUCCCCGUCCAUUCCAUCCUCCACUUCCGAUCAGUCGACGACCCCAUCUACGAAGGGAAGGAAGAAUUCCUGUUAGCUCUGAAGUCUCCUAAAGGUGGAUCUGUGGGCACCAGGAACACUACCAUUCUCACCAUCGAGGACCCCGAGGAUCGCCCUAGAGUGUCGUUUGGAGAGUCGCAAUUUCUUGUCGUGGAACCCUUGGAAGAGGAAAAAGAGAGAUGGGUAGAAGUGGACAUUUUCAGGUCAGGAGAUCUGACUCAAGUCCUUCGUGCAAAAGUUCAUUCAAAGGAUGGAAAUGCUCGAGCUGGCUUCGAUUAUACAUCCAUUUUUCAAGAACUGGAAUUUUCUCCUGGGCAAAGUCGAAAAACAGUAAAGAUCCAGAUUUUGAGAGACUCAUUGAAAGAAGAGCGAGAGGACUUCAGAUUACAUCUGGCAAGCGCGAGUCAGGAGUCUGAAGAAGUGACGAUUUACAUCCAGGAUGCGCUGGAUCCGGAUGAGGUGGCCUUUCCAUCUGCUCCACUUCUGGUUUCACUCAAGGAUUAUGACCUCGUUGGGCACCUUGGAAUGGACACCCACGUCCCUCCACCUGGGUAUCCCCUCGUCUGCAUCACACCCUGUGACCCCCGGCAUCCCAAUCACCGCCAAACCGGUACAUUGUGUUCCCGAGAGGGCAUCAAUGACUCCUUAACGGAGUUUCGCUGGAAGGUCGGGCAUAAUGGAGGAAGUCUUCGGGAUAUCCUGGAUCCUUUACCCAUCGCAAGGUAG